AUGAUAGCUCUUACUACAACGACAUCAGGCGUGACAGCAGUAAUAAUGCCCGGAGGCCGAACAACACAUUCCAGAUUUAAGAUAAAAAUCUCAAUAACAGAAUCAUCUAUGUGUAACAUAUCCAAGCAAGAUGGAACUUUAAAGCUGAUUAAGAUAGUUAGAUUAAUAAUUUGGGAUGAAGCUCUAAUGACUAAACGUGUUGCAAUUGAAAUAUUAGAUAGAACAUUAAGGGAUAUAAUGGAUCAAGAUGAACCAUUUGGUGGCAAAGUAAUAGUAUUUGGUGGGGAUUUCAGACAAGUUUUACCAGUAGUACCCCGCGCAACAAGAUCACAAACUGUUAGAGAAAGUUUAGUAAGCUCAUAUUUGUGGAGCAAAAUGAAAAAGUUGAAGCUAUCGAAGAAUAUGAGAGCAAGAACAAAUUCAACAUUUAGCGAAUUCCUUUUAAGAGUUGGAAAUGGAGAUGAACCGAUAGUGGCUGAUGACCUAAUAGCAUUGCCCACUUCUAUUUUGAUAAAGAAUCAAAGUGAUGAUUUACCGGAAAUUGUCUAA